AAAUCCGGCUUCCUGACGUUGGCAACAGCCUCAACAGUCGCCAUCUAUCCACGCGCCUUCUCCCAACUCAUCAUAUCUCUCUCGCAGAAUCCAAACAAACCAAUAACACUCUUUGCGCCAGCAGAGCGGAUCGGCGAUGGCUUAUCGGGGGUUUAGUAGCUAACACGAAAUCAAUCUCUCUCCGCCUCUCCCGUCCGUCCACACAUCCGUGAUGACAUCGGCGGCGGUGCGGGGCGAGCCGGCGGCGGGCCACCGCCGGUACUGGCGGUGGAGCAAGGCCGACUUUUUCCCGGAGCCUUCCUUCCAGAGCUGGCGCGCGUACGGCGGCGCGCUCCUGUCCACUGGCCCGCGACUGCGGGACCGCGUCACCAGCCGCUCAUCCGAGGCCGUCGAGGCGGGGACGCUGCUCGCCCAGAGCGAGAACCCGCUCCGCCGGUGCCUCUCCUGGGUGGAUCUCGCCUUCCUCGGGUUCGGCUCCGUCGUCGGCUCGGGCGUCUUCGUGCUCACCGGCCAGGAGGCGCGCUUCGACGCCGGCCCGGCCAUCCCGCUUGCCUACGCCGCCGCGGGCUUCUCCGCGCUGCUCUCGUCCUUCUGCUACGCCGAGCUCGCCACCGAGAUCCCGUCCGCCGGCGGCUCCUUCUCGUACCUGCGCGUCGAGCUUGGGGACCUGGCCGCGUUCAUCGCCGCGGGGAACAUCCUGCUCGAGGCCGUGGUGGGCGCCGCUGGCCUGGGCCGGUCCUGGACGUCGUACCUCGCGGCGCUCAUCGGCCGCGACAGCGACGCGCUCCGCAUCCACGUGCCCGCGCUCGCCGACGGAUUCAAUCUGCUGGACCCGAUCGCCGUCGUCGUCCUCUGCACCACCUCCGCGCUCGCGGUCUCCGGCGCGCGCCUCACCUCCACCAUCAACUCGGUCGCGUCCGUGGUCGGCAUCGCCAUCGUCGCCUUCGUCCUGGCCGCGGGGUUCUCCCACUUCGAGCCCGCCAACCUCGCGCCGUCCUUCUUCCCCUUCGGCGCCGCGGGCGUCUUCCGCGCCGCGGCCGUCGUGUACUGGUCCUACACGGGGUUCGACAUGGUGGCCACCAUGGCAGAGGAGACCAAGAACCCCGGCCGCGACGUGCCGCUGGGCCUCAUCUCGUCCAUGUCCGCCAUCACACUCGUCUACUGCGCCAUGUCGCUGGCGCUCGUGGGGAUGCAGCGGUACAGCGACAUCGACGCCAACGCGGCCUACUCGGUGGCGUUCGCGGCCGCCGGGAUGAAGUGGGCGCGCUACAUCGUGGCGCUCGGCGCGCUCAAGGGCAUGACGAGCGGCCUCCUCGUCGGCGCGCUCGGCCAGGCGCGCUACACCACGCAGAUCGCGCGCACGCACAUGAUCCCGCCCUACUUCGCGCUCGUGCACCCAAGGACCGGCACCCCCAUCUACGCCACCAUCGCCGUCACGCUCGGCGCCGCCUGCGUCGCGCUCUUCUCCAGCCUCGACGUGCUCGCGUCCGUCUCCUCCAUCAGCACGCUCUUCAUCUUCGCGCUCGUCGCCGUCGCGCUCCUCGUCCGACGCUACUACGUCGCCGGCACCACGUCACCCGCGCAGGCGCGCACCUUCCUCGCCUUCCUGGCGCUGAUCGUGCUGUCGUCCAUCGGCAUGUCCGUGUACUACAGCUCGGGCUACGCUGCUCGGUGGCCCGGGUACGUGGUGUUCGGCGCACUGUGGGCGGCCGGCACGGCGGGGCUGGCGCUGUUCGCCAAGCAGCAGCGCGCGCCCAAGGUGUACGGCGCGCCGCUCAUGCCGUGGCUGCCGGCCAUGUCGGUCGCCACAAACCUGUUCCUGAUGGGCUCCCUCGGCUCCCUGGCCUACAUGCGCUUCGGCAUCUGCACGGCGGCGAUGCUUGUCUACUACGUGCUCUUCGGCGUGCACGCCACCUAUGACAUGGUGCACGCUGAAGGUCAGACGACAUCGGCGGCAGACGCUGCCACCGACGGCGUGGAGCAGAGGAAGAUAAUGCCGGUGUGAGACAGAGGAUGUUAGUUUCAUGGUUUUAUUGAGCAAAAGGUUUCAUUUUUAUUGUAUGCCAUGACAGUGUGAAUUUGUAGGAUAGACUUGAGUCAGGAUUGUUCAAUCGCUCUAGUUAAUUGGAUCCCUUGUUCAGAUUAGCUCAUCUGUGUGCUGACUGCUGAAGCAGUUCAAACAAAAAAAAAAGAUUUGUACAAAAGAUGAGACUCUUUUAUUCACUUCGUUCUUUGGGCUGAAACCACGUGAUUCAUGAA